CACCGCGCAUUGCUGCUAGCUAUGCGCGUACUUUAUAUACCCUCUCGCGCAAUACUCAGAUCCAGUGUUCCAAAACAUACGACUACUGCAGUAGCAUUACAACCGGUCGCUGCAUCGCUCCAAGGGUCUACUUGUCGAGCGCUCCAUCUUCAUACACGGCGGGAACGUGUAUCUUUAGGUCAAAACCCCGGCCGAGAAACAGCUCCAACAAUUUCAAUUGUCCAGAGGAGAAACAUGUCUAGUCCGGCAGAUCAUAAGCCUCUCGAUAAACCGCCGAAGACGCCGCCUAUGCCUGUCCCCAGUGCGUCGGUGCUGGUGAUUUCGCCGACGAAUCAGGUGUUGUUGCUGCAUCGGGUGAGGACCGCGAGCGCGUUCAGCAGUGCCCACGUCUUCCCCGGCGGUGCCAUAUCGCCCGAACACGACGGUCCGAUACCCAACAUUACAGAUACAAACCCCAAUCAGCCCGCAUAUCGCCUUGCCGCCAUCCGCGAAACCUUCGAAGAAAGUGGGAUUCUUCUCGCCAAGAAGAACGGCAAGCUGUUCACCGAUAUUGGCGAUGCAGAGCGCGAAGAAGGCCGCAAGGCUGUGCACGCUGGUACGACUCUCUUUGCAGAUCUCUUAUCGAAAUGGGGCUGCGAGCCAGAUGUGGAGGGACUAAUCCCGUUCACGCGCUGGAUCACGCCGCCGAACGUGAAAAAGCGCUUCUCGACGCAGAUGUACAUCUACUUCCUCCCAUUGGGCUCCACCUUGCCAGGCAAUUCCAAAUCGCAAGCAAGCGGAGAUGCAGCUAGGCUGGAUGAUGUCGAGGCUGCAGACAUUGUCAUCCCGCACCCUACGCACGACGGCGGCAUCGAACACACGGCUGCGCGCUUCCUCCCGCCGAACAAGUGGAUCAAUCUCGCAAACCAGAACCGCAUCAUCCUGUUCCCUCCGCAGUAUUUCCUUGCGUGGCACCUAGCUCCGUUCCUCGCGCCAACUGUGACAUCGCCUUCUUCCCCCAGCCCGUCAAUCGCAGAGCUCCAGGCUGAGCGGGACCGUCUUACAGCCUUCCUACAAUCUGAGGCUGGCGACGAGUUCAGCAAGGCGAUCAUCAGUCCCGUAGCCUUGGGGAAGGGAGACUACGGCGAGGACAAGCAAGAUGGGGUCGGUGGCGUUACCAAAGACACCGCGGUGUUGCGGCUGGAUUAUCCGGGGCCAGAGCUUGAUAAAGCGGGUGUGAAAGGGACGAUGACAAAGUGGGUUGUCACUACAAAGUUCAAGAAAGAGGGACCGAGAGAUGUAAGGGUUGUGGAAAGAGGAAGGAUUCUCGGGAAGGAUGGGAAGGCGUCGAGACUUUAGGGGGUUAGGGUUGUAGAUCGGGCUUGCGUAACAACGUUCAGUUCUUCCCGUACCAUACCGUGAUGCGCUGGCAAGCGCACUAUCCAGAUCUA